AUGUCCGAAGCAAAGUAUGAGCUCGUCGAUGUCGAGAUUGAGGAAGGUGGCCAAGACUACACGAAUAACCAUCAUCAAACGUCUGCAUCCACGACUACCAGUGGCUAUCCAGGAUUUCUUCGCAAGGGGGCAAGUCCUGCCCCUGGUCCUCCGGCUGGAACAGUCUUUGUCAAGACGGGAGGGAACGCGCUUCAAGCUAUUGGUGCCUCCAUUUUGGAGCAAGAGAGUGUAGUCCGAGUGAUUGUUCCCGAGGGGAAAAUGCCAGGUGAUUCCAUAUUGGUCCAGUGUCCGCACAUCCAUGGACGGUAUGUGCCGACCAUUAUUCCAGGCGAUGCCAAACAGGGGACGGAAUUUUUAGUACGAAUACCACCACUGAAUGAAGACCAAAAUUUUUCCAACUCGGAUAUCGCUGCGGCUGGAGCGAUGGUGGUGGGCAAAGUGACGGCGAAGAGUGCUUUGAUUGCGGUUGGCGUUGCUUCGGGAGUCCUACUCUUGUAG